AUGGAAACCUUACUGAAGUGGCUCCACACUGCAUCCGAGAUCAUCGACAAACUAUUCGCCAGUAAACCCGAGUUGCUCCAAUCCUGGAAAUCGCGCUGGGAGCAGCGUCUUUUGUCCAUCUCCCAACAGCUCCAGCAGCUCCAGCAAUCCCAGCAAUCCCAGCAGCCCGCCUCCGCCACUCCGCAAGACGCAGCCCAGCCUGGGUCGAGUUCUCUCCUUCCCCGCGGUUUACUGACCACCAAUCUGGGCGUUCCGCUAUUCGUGGUGUGCACACACACCGAAAUCAUCGUGGCUUUCCGCGCCGUCUUCGAUACGCAGUCCAAGCAGUUCAGCGAGCUUCGCCUCGACUUCCUCCAGCGCUGCCUGCGCCGCGUCUGUCUGGACCACGCCUCCUCGCUCGCCUAUUUCAACACCGCCAAGCGGGGCGUCGCGCCCUCCCUCACCUCCAAUCUCCUCUCUCUCCUCUUCCCCUCCCAUUACGCCACGCCCGCUCCCGACGUACCCCUUCCCUCCUGUCCUCACGCACAGUUCGCCUCCCGCGACGAGCUGUUCAUCCCCGCGGGAGCCGACAACGCCUUCCUCAUCGACGAUCUGCUCGUGGGCACCAAACUCGAGGCCGUCACCGACUUCACCGCGGUUUUUGAGCGUCCCCAGGUCGCUGCGAAGGUUGGAUCGUUUCUCCCGCGUGAGAACUAG